AAAUAUAUUCCAAUAUUAUCACUGAUAUAAUAGAAACCCUCUUUAAAUAUAUAUUAUGACCUGGGGGUCAUCAGAUAUUUCGCAGUGAAAACAUCGUUUCCAUGUUUACGUUGUCACUUUCGUGUCGCGAGAAUUUUGUCCGUAUUUUGGGUAUUUAGUGCGUGUGAAAUAAAAAUUUUUAACAAAAAUUUAGAAAAUAAUUCAUCCAUUAGUCAUACAAUGGAUUUGAUGAGUUUGUGAAAUGUACCAAUCCAACGCGUCGAAUCGACACUGCCAAAAUAUAAUGGAAGCGCUUGAUUUAGAUCGUUCAUCUGGACAAUGGCCCAUAUCGAAUACGACAAAAAACAAAACCAUCCUCCCACUGUCUAUGCAAUUCAACGAAGGGCAUAAAAUAUCUAUUAUAGGUUACAGUAUCUUAAUGGUGUUUUCGACGGUAGCCAAUAUCACUGUAUUGGUUUUAAUUUUGAAAAGACGCAAGAAAAAUCCUUCAAGAAUUAAUACCAUGCUGGUGCAUCUGUCGAUAGCGGAUCUUCUGGUUGCGUUCCUGAUGAUGCCUUUGGAAAUAGCGUGGGCUUUUACAGUUCAAUGGUUAGCUGGGGAUGCAUUGUGUAGGAUAUUGAUGUUUUUCAGGAUAUUUGGACUAUAUCUGUCCAGUUUUAUACUCGUUUGCAUCAGUAUGGAUAGAUACUAUGCGGUAUUAAAACCAUUGGAUAUGGGUGGUAGGAGAGAGAAAUUCAUGGUUGCUGCUGCUUGGAUAGGAGCCUGUAUUUGUAGCGCUCCCCAGAUGUUGGUAUUUCAUGUAGAAGUUCAUCCGAACGUAACGUGGUAUCAGCAGUGCGUCACGUACAACGCUUUCCCCACUUUCGCCCACGAGUUGGCUUACCUCAUCAUGGGGAUGAUGAUGAUGUACGCUUUACCCUUGGUUGUUAUUAUAUAUUCGUACGCCUCUAUUCUACUCGAAAUAUUCAGGAGAACGAGGAAUCCUACGAGUGCUGACAGCGUCACUAGAUCAAGUCUGCCAUUUUUGGGAAAAGCAAAAAUUCGUACACUGAAGAUGACUAUUAUUAUAGUCUUUGUCUUUUUCAUUUGUUGGACUCCUUACCAAGUUAUGAGUAUUUGGUAUUGGUAUGAUAAAGAAUCCGCUGAUGCAGUGGACGAAAGAAUCAAAAAAGGACUCUUCCUAUUCGCCUGCACAAAUUCCUGCAUGAACCCAGUGGUCUACGGUUUGUUUAACAUCAGACCUCGACGAAGAGUCAAGGUGAGAUCUAGAACGUAUACAAACGUGAACGGAUUGUCGAUGACUAGUCGCACCGACACUCGCUUAUCAAUCAAAAGUUGUUCCUGAUAGCGUCGUGAAACUGUAGUUUAGGACUUAUUUGUGUACAAAAACUAUGCUAUAUAUAUAUAUAUAUAUAUAUAUAUAUAUAUAUAUAUAUAUAUAUAUAUAUAUAUAUAUAUAUAUAUAUAUAUAGAGUCCAAUGGUAUUUUUAACCUCUGAAAUAAUUUCGAAAAUAUAUUCUGCCGUUCUUCAAAGGAGAAAACAACUAUUUUCCUGGCUAAUACCUCGACGAAUAUUGAAUUACAACUUACGUGGUAAGUUCGACGGUAUUACUUCUCAUCAAAGUGGUUUAACAACUCUUGAGAAAGCCCGAACUAAAGAAAACGUCAAAGAGUGUCGCUGUUUGGUACAUGUAGUUAACAAAUGCUAACUGGCGCCAUCCUCACUUUCAACUUCGAACCACUUGUCAGGAAGAAAUCUUUGUCUUCAGUUCGGGUCUCAAGCCCUCUCAAGGGUUGUUAAACCACUCCGAUGAGACAUAAUAACGUCGAAACUAGUCAGUAGUUACAAACUUUCAUUGCAAUUGCGAUGUUAAUGUCGACAAAGAGGUCAAUUGACAUCACGUAAGUUGUAAUUCAAUAUUCGUCGAGGUAUUAGCCAGGAAAGUAGUUGUUUUCUCCUUUGAAGAACGGAAGAAUGCAUUUUCGAGAUUAUUUCAAAGGUGAAUAGUAGGAAUCGUUUAUUUUGAUAUAUCCUGUCCUUAAAUUCGACUGCCAACGCUCUAGGGGAAAUUCUAGGGUCGAAUUAUGGCUAUCGGGAUAGGGAACCGUGAACGCAUCCUUUCCAAGAUACAGGGUUGAAGUUUUAAAAAUGAAACGUUUUUUUGUCGAUAAAUUUCAAAUUUAUGAAUAGAUCACAAGAGCAGGUCACAAAAUGAUAUUUUUUCUCGAAAAAUUCUAGCACAAAUUAUCGUUUUAUUUUUAAAACUUCAAUACCCUGUAUCUUGGAAAGGAUGCGUUUGUGUACAUAAAUGGGCAAUCGAAUUUAGGGACCCUGUAUAUAUAUAUGCAAGGAUCGCUUGAUAUGAUUUUUAUAAUAUUCUGUAUUUGGUAAUAUUUGAGAUACUUUAGGCAUGUUUAAAAUUCAAUACGUCAAAUUUUCAUAUCUCAAUUCUGUCUGUAAAAAGAAUCAUCCUGUAUAGUAUAAAUAGAUUUCGAAAUUUGCUUUUGCUUGAAAUAAUUUAAUAUAAACAUCAAUGGAAUUACGAAUAAUUCAUGGAUUAAUAGAUUGGGGGGAGGAAAUAAUUUUGUUUUUUCAUGAUAGAUGGCGUUGUACCUGACAGUGUGACCGUCAUGUUUAAUCCAAACUUGGCUGAUUUAUCAUUUGAUUUUCUCACAAUAAGGCUCAUAAAAUCGUAAUUUAUAUUCUUAAAUAUUCAAUCAAAAUCUUUUAAGAGCUAUGAUCCUUAGAUUCUUUCCACCCUGGCGGACUGGUGGAUAAAUGUGAUCAGCUGACUUAAAACUAACUGACUGACUGAGCUUAAAAAAUUAUCUAUCACAGAUAUUUUCGUGUGAAUGAGGUAAAUACGUGUAAAAAGACGUUUUCCUGAUUUGUUGUGCUAAGGGGGAAAAUAUAUAGGAAAAGAAGUUUUUAUGCUGUUUUCCUGAUAUUUUUAUGUUAAGGGGAUAAAUACCUGUAAAAAGACGUUUUCCUGAUAUUUUCGUGUUAAGGGGGGAAAUAUGUAUGAACAGACGUUUUCAUGCUGUUUUUCUGAUAUUUUCAUGUUAAGGGAGGGAAUCCGUGGAAAAAGGCCGUUUUCAUACUGUUUUUAUCAAUUUUUACAAGGUAUAAAAAGUAAAUAUCAUUUAUUCAAUCUAUUAGGUUAUGUUCUAUAUAUAAUGAUAAGUAUUUUUCCAUAUUUCACAUUUAGAACACACAUCAGGAAAGCGUCUAGGAAAUUUAAGCAAAUAAUUAUUUAACUUGAAAAUUGACAUUGACAGUAAUGACACAUUUUUAUUACACUAACCCCACGAUUGGUAAAUGGCGAAACUAAAUUCGUGUUGCCGAAAUUUACAUGCAAGUCGAUCUUCUUAUUGGGUAUGUUCUGUGGUUGCUGGUAUUCACAAGUGUGCGCGCCGCGGUUAUUUAUUAUAACCUCACUUUCACACACAUUACCACACCAGGUAUAUAGCUUCUAUAUUUAUUAGAAGUGCCUUAUAGUUGUCGAUUAAUCAGUCAGUGACAAAAUUAAGAACUUUGUUUAGUUAUAAUUCUGGUUCGAAUUAAUUUUCCUCGCUUCGUUUAUCAAAUCUGGACUUCGCGUGUGUGGAAAAUGGCACAACUCUCUAUCAAUCCAAUAUUAUUUUUAUCGAAAAUGAAUCCGAAAGGGGCACCAUACAUUAGUUCCGGUUUCAUUCUCUUUCUGGUCUGGGGGAUAUUAGCAUUGGGGGAAUGUAGUGCCCGGUGAUAUUCGUUUCAACCACAUUUAGCUAAGAUUUUUUUUCUUAUUCAAAUUGUCAAAAUUUCCCCACCAUAUACUUUAUUUUUUCUUGGUUUAUUCUUAAUCCAUAAUUUUCUUUAUAGUUAUGUAAUGCUUUUUCCAUUUCUCUCUUGGUUCUGGUUUUUAGAGCUAAAUCGUCUUCAUACGAAAUUAUUUGCUGUUUAUGGUGCUAAAUAAGUCUAUAUUGCAAUCUUCGGAAAUGUUGUCCAACAACAGAUUAAAAAAGCAACAAUCAAAUGUCUUAUGUCAUUUUGACUAGCUUUACAGCCUUCUUAAAAUCUAUAAACAUAUAAUAAAUACUGGGAAAUUUACCGCGAAAAAAUUGUUAUCUGUGAAUUUUUUCGAAAUUUCAUGUAAUCUUUUCAGCACAAUUAUACAAACAAAAAAAAUCGUUAUCCUCAUUUUUUUGUGUAAGCUUCAUUUUCUUCUUUUACAUUUUUCAUAAGAUGUCAAUUUUUGUUUCUCGGGAAAAUCGGCUGAAAAUGUUUGUAACAAACUUUGAUUAGAAUGAAUAUUCUUUUUCAAUUCCCUAGAGGGAAAGCGUUUUUCUAUUGAAUAUUUAAUCAAGAAUUUCGAAUUUCCUGCUGAUUUUUCCUUCUUUGUAUGCUUAACAUUGUUGCUUGAAUUUGAUCAAUUUCAUGUAUAUAAUUUAUUUAUUUUUUUACGUUAUUUUUUGUAAAGUUGUGUACAUUCCAUAAUAAAAUUUCAUUAAUGCUUGUUA